AUGGCAGAAGCUAUACCAGCAAAACAACGCAUAAAUGUUCCAAAGAAGGCCGAUAGAGCACUAGGAUUCAUGUCUAAGAAUGUUGAACGUAAACCCAACCAAACUCAACCAUUAACCACAGAACGUAAACCCAACCAAACUCAACCAUUGACCACAGAACGUAAACCCAACCAAACUCAACCAUUAACCACAGAACGUAAACCCAACCAAACUCAACCAUUAACCACAGAACGUAAACCCAACCAAACUCAACCAUUAACCACAGAACGUAAACCCAACCAAACUCAACCAUUAACCACAGAACGUAAACCCAACCAAACUCAACCAUUAACCACAGAACGUAAACCCAACCAAACUCAACCAUUAACCACAGAACGUAAACCCAACCAAACUCAACCAUUAACCACAGAACGUAAACCCAACCAAACUCAACCAUUAACCACAGAACGUAAACCCAACCAAACUCAACCAUUAACCACAGAACGUAAACCCAACCAAACUCAACCAUUAACCACAGAACGUAAACCCAACCAAACUCAACCAUUAACCACAGAACGUAAACCCAACCAAACUCAACCAUUAACCACAGAACGUAAACCCAACCAAACUCAACCAUUGACCACAGAACGUAAACCCAACCAAACUCAACCAUUAACCACAGAACGUAAACCCACCAUUUAA